GAUUUGCUGCCUUCUGCUGCUUCCCUGUAGCAGCUGCAGAUUUUAACAAUCUGCAGAAACGGGGAGAGACCCUCGCACAGGGAAUGAGACCCUUAUACACCCAUAGGCGAUGAAGUCCCAGACUAAUUGGAAAGAGCGAUGACUGCAAUACGACAGACCGCCUGCAUUGGGGGGCUGUAAGGGACAGAGGAAGAAGGACCCUUUUAUUUCGGGAACGGGAGGCCUGACUAUAGAUAGAGAACCUCCAGGCUGUAAGAUAGAUCCUUGGUAAAGGAAGGAAGAAGAGCUCAUCCGGGUGAAGGUAACAUGUCAUCUGGGAAGACAGAAGAGAGGAUAUCCCAAAUGUAGCAGGGUUGGACCCUUAUGUUGCGUAGAGGAGGGACCCCCCCCCCCCCCCCCCCAUCUCGAAUACUUAGUGACAGUCUCUUCUAGGUAGAUGCAUCAGGAUGUGUCGUGUGUUGGGAGAAAAGGAUUGAGCCAAGAAAGAAGAGGAAUAUCGUGGUGACAACUGGCGGCACGCGUAGAUAUCCGGACAUCAAGGACCAGGCCUGGUGACCAGAGGGGACAUCUGAGUGCUCCUAUGGCCCCGGGUCGUACGGCCGCCCUGAUUCUGAUCUUCGCCCUCGUCACCUUCCUCAUAAUUCUCAGUUCCAAUAACUAUGAGGAGCCGUUCAACUACAAGGACCUGAAGAUCAAACAUCACAACCCACCCAAUAUUAGAAAAUGGGGCCUACAAGAUGGUUACAUCCCUGUAUCCGGAAACAAGACGCUUCACGCCAUUUGCAACAGUUGUGUCCUGGUCACCAGCUCGAGUCAUCUGCUGAACACCGGCCUAGGCCCUACGAUCGACCAGUCAGAGUGCAUCAUCCGCAUGAAUGAUGCCCCCACCACCGGCUACCAAAGAGAUGUCGGUAAUAAGACAACCUUCAGGGUGGUCGCACACUCCAGCGUGUACCGCGUCCUACGGCGACCUCAAGAAUUCUUGAGCCGAGCUCCAGGUCAGACUCUUAUAUUCUGGGGGCCUCCGAUCAAGAUGCAGCAGAACAGCAAAACUAACCUGUACCACAUUAUCCAGAGAGCCAGCUCAGCUUUCCCCAACGUGUCCGCUUUUGUUUUGUCUCCUCGGAACAUGGCGCGAUUCGAUGAGCUGUUUCGGGCGGAAACGGGAAGAGACAGGGAGAAGUCCCAUUCGUGGCUGAGCACCGGCUGGUUCACCAUGGUUAUUGCAGUGGAGCUGUGUAACAAAGUCCACGUAUACGGAAUGGUGCCGCCCAACUACUGCAGUAAACGGCAGCACAAGAUGCCAUAUCACUACUACGAGCCGAGGGGUUCAGACGAGUGCACCACCUACAUUCAGAACGAACGUGGCCGAAGAGGCAACCACCACCGCUUCAUCACGGAGAAACUGGUUUUCGCCCGCUGGGCCUCUGUAUAUAACAUCUCCUUCUCGCACCCUGAGUGGUUCAACGAUCCAGACAACUAAGUAGUGGUGUUUACGUCUUGUCCGUCCCUCUUCACUGGUCUCCCGGUGUACCAUGAAGUCCUCUGCAGCUUUAGAAACCGGUUCUAGAAAUUACGUAAAAGACAGUACGUGUCACCAAGUAUGACGUGUCAAUGCUGGAAACUGGGUGACUUUUGUAGGCCGGUGCAUUGGCGAACCAAAACGAUGUGUAAGCAGAGGGCUAUGGAAAACUGUGUAUGUCUGACAUGAUUGCGCCACAGAUGGUAGAUGGGUAUUGGUUGGGUUAACCUCAGUGUUAUUUUCUAUUGUAGAAUAGGGAUGACACCAGUAUGGAAGAUGCAUGGUAUCAGGUCUGACAUCUUCAUGGGUACGUGGCAAAUAAUAAGUCUGUGGUCCUCCAUUGUUUUGUCCUCUCUGACCCUUACCUUGUUGCUGACUCUCCCUGGCCGCUGUGAUUUUACAUGAUCGGAGAUGCUAGUUGCUAGUCGGCCAUGUUCUUGUGUGAAUUUUAUAGAUGUGGACAAUAACAGAACAUAAUAGCAUGGAAGGAAAGCCACAGAUGACUAUGGGGGGGCAAGAGGCCCAAGAUGGCAUUGCUUGAAUAUAAGCACUGAAGGGCAGUGCAAGGCUAAGAACAAGGGCGGGUAAUUCAUAAGACGCUCAAUGUUCACGUAGAUGGUGGUGGACACUUUGGUGAGCUUAAAUCGAUGGACCGAAAAUAAAGGGUGUACUUACCUGUU